UGACUUCGGCUUUCGGUCGGAGGUUUGUUUUGGUUUGAUUGUGAAAUAGCGAUUCAUAACUUGAGUUAUUUUUCCAUAGAAAAUAAUGCAACGUUGAUAAGUUGGCCAAAUAACCCACCUCGAAGCAUCUGAAUUUUAAUUGGCUUACGUCUCGAAAAAAGUAAAUAAUCAGCAUCAUAAUGUCGACCCCGGCGGAUAUGGCCGCUCAGCAGCAGGCGGCCGAGCUGGAGUGGAUCCAAAUGCGCAAGGAUUACGCCGACAUGCACAUCGAGACGACCAGCGAAAAGUUGGCCCGCAAGCUGAAGGAGAACCCGCUGGUGCCGAUCGGCUGUGCCGCCACGCUGGGCGCCCUCGGCUACGGCCUGUGGAGCUUCCGCCAGGGUCGACGUCAGAUGUCCCAGUACAUGAUGCGGGCCCGUAUCGCGGCCCAAGGAUUCACCGUGAUAGCGCUCAUCAUCGGUGUGGGGAUGACCUACACGAAGAAGGACGGCGACGGCAAGAAGUGAUUUCGACGAUUUGGCAUGACGCAGCACUUUUCCGUUUUCUAUAGUUUUACCCUUACCAAUAUAUGUUAAUAAAAAGAGAUUUAAUUAGC